AUGGAAACAAUAAAGAAAGAAAUAACAGACUUAUGCUCUUCAUUGAUUGAAAACCACAGUUGUUUUGAGCCAGCUAUAACUGAAUCUGAAGAUACUCGCAAGUUUCUAAUAAAUCGCAUGCUUAAAUUAAAAUCUAUCCAAUCAAUUAUAUUAGAAGCUGUAGCAAAACUGCAUCCCAUUAUAUAGCCCGUUCCCGGCUAUAGAUCGGGCUUAGCCAAUCUUUGCUGGCAAACUCGGGGGGUUGUCUCCGUCACUUUGAGGUGACGAAUCAACUUCCCGAGUUGGCAAAUAGCCGCUAUAUGGCGAUUUGCCAACUUGGGGAGUUGACUCGUCACAUCAAAGUGACGGAGACAACCCCCGAGUUUGCCGGCAAAGAUUGGCUAAGCCCGAUCUAUAGCCGGGAACGGGCUAUAACAGAAUUUCUAGUCAAGCAGAAAUUUGGUGAAUAUUUAACCAGAUCUACCCUAUCAACCUCCCAAACAGAUUUUACUAACCACGCUCUUCCAUCAGCUUCAAACGGCUACAAAACCAUAGUAAACAAAUCUGAACAAAAACUGAUGACAAAAAAUUAUGAAAAACUUCAAGACAAAGUCUCGAUAAUUACAGAAAUUUUCAAGGAAUACGCAAAACAAGAAAUAGAAAAAAAUCAAAGUAUUUUGCCAGAAGGCAUGAAAAAAGAAAUUGCUGAAGAAAAAGUUUUGAGCAGUGACAAACUCGUCGAGAAAUUGACUGAAAUGAAUAAUUAUGAUUUACCAUUUUAUUUAGACAUUAGAGAUAUAAGCCAUGAUGCAUGGGAAAGACAUGUGGAAGUUGAAAAAGAGUUUGUUGAUGCUAUUGAAAAUGCAAAAAAUCAGUUAAUUGAGGUAGAAACUAAAUAUAUGUAUAAAUUUGCAUGGGUAAAAGAAAAAGCAGGAAUUAAAAUACAUAAGCUGGAAGAAAAAGAAAAAGAAAUUGUGUCAAAAAACAGAGAAGAAUAUGAUAGAAUUAUGAUGUGCUAUCAAGAUAAGUUAAGUGGAGAAAUUGAAAACUAUUUAAGAGAAGAAGCUAUUUUAACCGCCGCAAAUAAUGAUGAAAAAGUUACUGAUUUGCCUUCCGCACAAAAGAAAAUACAAAAUUUAAUAGCUGCUAGGACGAUUCUGGAAAAAAAGAUAAUGCAGUCUGAUAAAACUAUUAAAGGCUUUGAAACAAGAAUCCAAGUAGCAAAUCAAAAUUUAAAAGAGCUAACUGCUUCACAGGCUGCUACUAAAAAUAAUUUAAAUGCUUUGAAAGAGACGUUUACUACAAUUAUAGAUCUUGCUCCUAUAAAAGAAAUAGAAAAAGAAAAAUUAGCUGAUUUAGUUGAGAAAGAAAAUUAUGAAAACUUAGAAGAAAAUAUGAAAGGUAUUUCUAAAGCUGAAAGGAAAGCACAAGAAUAUUUAAUAGGUAAAUUGACAGAGCUUAAAGAAAGUGUUGGGAAUAUUUCGAGUAAAAUAGAAAAUAAAGAAAUUUCUGCUGAAAUUGGAAAAAUAUUAGAAGACGUUAAGAUUGAUGAGUUUAAGUUUAUGAUAACUCUUUAAGUCCGUGCUUCUUGGCCUCAGCUUGGACUACAGCCCCGAAUAAUGGUAUAGCGCCUUGCUAUAAUUGUGGGAGGCUUCUGGCAUGUGGAGAAAUUCCCCAUGCCAGAAAUACUUCCACAUGUGAAAGCUGAGAGAUAUACUAGCUUCACAUGUGGAAGUAUUUCUGGCAUGUGGAGAAUUUCUCCAAAUGCCAAAAGCCUCCUACAAUAAUAGCAAGGCAUAAUAGGUGGUGGGCCGGCCUAAUCGUUCAAAAACUGCUUCUGUCCCCUAGCCUUUUAUGACCUUUCUGAUAUACACCAAACACAGUAUAGACCCAUUCUCUUCAGCCAAGACCCUCAAGAAGUCGCGAUCUUCUCUCACUGAGCCCAGGACCUGAACCCUAUUUCUAAGUGGCAUUUUUAAUUGUAAAAUUGAUGAAGUAUAUUUGGAGUCAGAAAAAAUAAGGCAAGAAAAACUAGCUAAGCCAGAAAAGACUGAAACAAAAAAAAUUUUAAAGCCAAGAAGAUCUACAGUUAUCAAAGGACAAAGUGCUCAAACACCAAAACUGGACGAAUCUCCUAUACCUUAUAAAAAACAAAAUACGCUUAUGGUUAGAAGAGAAGACAUUAAUUUAAAAUCAAACUCACUAAUCCGCCAAAAAGAAAAAGAAGCCAGCCAAAAGUUAAUAGACAAUUCCCCAUCACCAGAAAAUAUAACAAAUCAAGAAUUCACCCCUGAAGAUAUUUUAGAUCCCAAAAAAGAGCAAGAAAGCAUAUUCAGGCACACUGAAAGCCUUCCGCUAACUAUUAAUAGUCCAGCAAUAAAGACUGAAAAAGAAAUCAUAAAGAUUGAAAAAAAGAAAGAAAUCUUAGAAAGAAAAAUUAUUCCAAAAGAAGAUAUAAGACCUCAGAGUCAAAACCUUGAAAAAAUAGAAGAAAAAACAAUUCAUGAAAAUUCACCAAUAAUAGUUAAGGUAGAAGAAGUUCCAGAUAUUAAGGUCGAGACUAUAGAUGAAACCAUAAAAGAUAUAAAACCAGAAGAAGAAAAUGUAAAAGAAAUAAAAAAUGAGACAGAAAUUGUUCCUAAAAUUGUUAUGCCUCAAGACGAGCUACCUUCUCCGGCCAGUCUUGACAAAUUUGAUAAUGUUGUUAAAUCUAGUGAUGAAUUGCCAUCUCCACUUAAGAUUGAAAUUACUACUAAAAAAGAAUCUAAAGACAGUAAUUAUUCAAAAAAUUCCACUUAUACAUCUUCUAUAUAUGAUAAUAGAACAGAAACUCCUGACUCAAUAAAAUUUUUUAAAGAAAAAUUAUUCAAAAUUCUAUCUCACUACAGCUCAGAAAAAUUAAGUGAGUUAAACAUAAAUUCUCAAGAAUUAAAGCUUAGUCAUUUAUUAGAAAUUGAGCUUUCCCAAGGAUUAUCAUUACAAGAAAAAAUUUUUUCAGCUCUAAGAGAUUUUUUCUCUGAAAAAUCAGAAAUUUCUGUACAAACUGAUGGAGAAACAAAGCUAGAUAACUUAAAUGCUUCGUAUGGAAAUAUGAUCAAAGGGCUUAUCAUGAUGGAAAAAAGGAACAAAGAAAGAAAAGACACACAAAACUCGCUCACAAGAGGCUCAAGAGCGAAUCAAUCUGUAGUAUCUUCUGGAGUUCUUGGGAAAUUAAGUACAUCUGCUACUGAAAAAAUAGAGAAUCCUGCAAGUAUUAAUAAGCCAAGCACUUUGAUAGAUUGGGUAAAAAAAAUUAAUAACAGAGUAGAAGAAGCUUAUCAGAGAUUUAACGCAGAAUUUGCGAUUGAAGCACAGAAAAAAGGAUACAAAAAAGUUGGACUAGAAGAAUCCAAUCGGGUUUGGGCUGAUAUUAUAAAUAGAAGGGUUCAAGAGGGCGAAAAUGAUGAAAUUUCUCAGCACCUAAGAGGGCUUUUGGGAACAGAAAAAUAUGAAACCCAAAAAAGAGCAAUUAUAAGCUUACUUCAGCAAAAGUAUCAAAAGGGAAUAAGUGUUGUGAUUCUAGGAAUUCCUCAAGAAGUGGCAUUUCCUGAAAUAAUUGCAGAGAAGAGGACUAAGAAAAAAAUACCACAACGUUUAAUCCAAAAAUGAGAACAAAUAAUGAUAAAAAUAAAAUCAGAAUCAGCAAGAAGAUUGGGUUCUGGAUACUCAUUAGAAGAGAAUUUGCCAGAAAUUUGGUGCCUUAUGAUCAAGCACAUCAAAUAUGUAAAAUAUAGAAUUUUAAGGCUUCAGGGCUUACAUAACACAAGCGUAACCUCAUCUGAUAGAAGCUCAGAAAAAAAUUCUUUCCUUCGAGGCAAAUUUGUUACACAAUCUUUUUCUCCAAAACCUCCAAAUACAAUGGAAAUAUUUCCUAAAAAUCUAGCAAUACUAACUCCAAGUACUCGCCAAACACCAAAAAGACAGAUGAAUCGAUCUUAUCGUCACAGUUCUGAUACUAUAAUAGAAAAAUUUGAUCUCAAUGUAGCACGGAAGAAUAAAUUUCCUUAUCUUUAA